CGUCGUAUCAUGAGCCUCCCUCCCUUUUCCUAAUUGGUUUUCAAUCUUUCGCUCCCAAGAGCAAGAAGACACACCAUCUUAGGGAAGCUUGCUCUCACUCCAAUCCCACGUCACACUCCAUGAUAGACCAAACCCACCUCUCCCUUUGAUUCAAUAAUUCAAAAGGGUCGCCGGAGAAAUUUCAACUCCCCACAGAAGCAACGCAUCUUAUAUUAACCUUCCCUCUACCACCAGACGAGUCCUCCCACUUCCUAUGGAAAAAAUGGAUCUUGAUGAGUGGGAGUUGCUUCCUGUCGAUGGCUAUCUUGAUUUCAAUGAGGGCGACAAGAUCUUCUCGAGGAGGCACAGCCCCCCUCCUGAUCAAAAGAGCGUCUUCAACAUGGAUUACUUCCGGUGCCCGUCCCCGAGUUCGAAGGCCCCGAGCCGGGUCGUCCCGGUGGUGCCGAUCCAAUUCGAUCCGCCGCCGGCGCCGGAUGAGAGGCUGAUGAGGGAGAUCAUCAAGGUGCCUGUGGAGAUCAAACUCCCGUCCCUGAUCACCGAGAAGGUGAUCAAGCCUCCCGAUGAUGGCACGGCCAUGGGACUGGAGGAAGCUGACCAGGACAUGGUCUCCCAAGUCUUCUUCAAGAAGAUGACGGAACCCGAAUUUGCCGACAUGAAAAUGGACUCACCGAGGUCCGGGGCUCGAGGAAUUUUUGUGCCCCAGCUUGAUGCAGGAGCCUUCCAAGGUGAGUCAGUUCUUGACAGUUCUUGCUCUCCAAGAAAGAGGCAUGAGGUCACCGCCAGAGAUGUCGUGGGCGUGACCAAGAAGCAACAGGACAGUGAUUGCGAUGCAGAGGAGGCCACUUGGGAUGAGAAUAGAGGUGGUCUGAACAUAUGGAAAUGGGGCUUCACCGGGAUUGGAGCUCUCUGUUCUUUCGGAGUCGCUGCUGCUACCAUCUGCAUCUUCGUUCUUGGAAGCCAGAGGGCUAAAGAGAGCCAGCAGAAUCAGAAGCUUCGGUUUCAGAUCUACACUGAUGACAAGAGAAUCAAGCAAGUGGUUCAUCAGGCAACCAAGCUGAACGAAGCAAUUUCAGCAGCAAGAGGGGUUCCUUUGUCCAGGGCUCACAUUACUUAUGGAGGUUACUAUGAUGGUAUUGGCAUUUGAGGAGAAAUUGCCACUUUGGAUUGGUUUGCAUAAAAAAGAUUCCUGAACACAGUUCAUGUGGGUCCACUAUCUCUAGUAUGUUUUGCCAGUGCAGAUUCUCCUUAUACAUGAUGGAACAUGUAGGGUCUUCUCUAUCUGUUAGUGAAUAUGCACUUAAAGAUCCUUACUUUUAUCUGUAUUUUGGAUGAUGGAUUCCUAAUUAUUAUAUUUUGUGUAUAAUUGAAUAUAAAUCAAGACUAAUUAGUAUGAGCUGUUAUGGUGGUUUA